CCGAUGUCAAGGUUUUGAUAGACUUUGGGUUGAGCUAUACGUCCGCCUUACCAGAAGACAAAGGCGUUGAUCUCUAUGUAUUGGAGAGAGCCUUCCUCAGCACACAUCCCAAUUCCGAAAAGCUGUUCGAGCACGUGUUGUCAGCGUAUACCCAGGCGUAUGAGCAGUCAGGACCAGUUAUAACCCGCCUGGCCGAUGUACGAAGGAGGGGACGGAAACGUGACAUGAGCGGAUAACAUCUUGGAUGAUUGGUUUUUAAAUGAAGAGUGGCCAAAGUCAAUCGGCAGUGUAUCCCGUGAUCUUCGGAGGCUACCAUACACUCGUACAUAAAUCAAAUAAAUUCAGAUCGAUGAGUCAUAGUACGCC